CCGACUAUAUAACUUCACCCCCCCUUUUUUUUUUUUUUUUUUUUUUUUGUUCUUUUUUUUUCUAAUCACUCCCCCCAAAAAUCAACUGAAGCGUCAAGAAAAGAAGGAAAAAAAAAAGCAAAGAAGAGAAAAUGAAUGUUGCUUCACCUAAACAAAGUGUUGAGCAGUUUGAAGAGAUUGAUACAAGCAGCGUGAAACCUAAAGUAGAAUUAAAAGAGAACGUAUCGUUAUUAGACCGUGGAAAGGGGAUUAAAAAGCAGUCAAGGACCAACUCGCCUUCACCUUCUAUACCUCCCGGAAGUAAAACCAACAUGACACGCGAUCAAAUUAAAUAUUGUGGAGCCAUCAUGAGAAACUUAAAGAAACACAGAGAUGCCGCUCCAUUCUUGCAUCCGGUUGAUUACGUCAAGCUCAAUGUGCCUGAUUAUCCUAAAGUCAUUCAGCAUCCCAUGGACCUGACCACGGUCGACCACAAACUGAAUGCGGGUGAAUAUGAAAAUGUGGAAGAAUUUAUCAAUGAUAUUCGAUUGGUCUUUAAUAACUGCUUCAAGUUCAAUGGUCCUGAGGCCAUGAUAUCGAUGCUCUGUCAGAAUGUGGAGUCUGCCUUUGAGAAGAGUCUGCGACAGAUGCCACCGUCCAGAGGAAGCACCCCACCUCCACGGUCAGUUUCACCAGUCCUGUUUGAUGGCGAUGAGGGAGAACGAGGAAUAAAGAAGAGGAAGAAAUCAACGACGACCAGCAAUAUCAAACAUGUACCUAUACACCACAACACCAACAACAACAACAAUAAUAAUAAUAAUAUAAAUACAAGAGAGGAUUCACCACAGUAUAAUGGACGACGUAUUAGUGAGGAUGGCCGACCCAAACGAGAGAUUCACCCUCCUCCAUCCAAAGAUUAUCCUGAGCCAAUGACAAAGCGACGCAACCCCAGAAAGAAUGACCUGCAAAUGAAGUUUUGUGCUCAGACACUCCGAGAACUGAAAAAGAACAAGUAUAGAGAUAUCAAUUACCCCUUUUUAGCACCUGUCGAUGUCGUUGCUCUCAAUAUUCCUGAUUAUGUCAAUAUCGUUAAACAUCCUAUGGAUCUAGCCACUAUUGAACGUAAAUUAACUGAGGGUGAUUAUGAUGAACCUGAUCAGUUUGAGGCUGAUAUACGUCUCAUGUUUAACAAUUGUUACCUCUAUAACCCACCUAAUCUACCUGUCCACAAAAUGGGUCGUGAGCUAGAGAAGGUCUUUGACGAGAAAUGGGCACAGAGACCCUCGACUCCUUUGCCUACUCCCGUCAUUGAUGAAGCCACCGAAUUUGAAGAUCAGACACACGAUGACGACGAAGAUGACGACGACGACGAUGAAGAUGAGUCCGACCAAGACGACCGUGAUCAGAAGAUUGCCGAGCUGGAACGUCAUAUUGCCACCAUCUCGCAACAGAUUGCAUCAAUAAAAUCCUUAAAGAGAAAAAAGCCGGAAAGACCCCCUCCCCGUCGUCAAAGUAAGCCUGUGGUAAAGGAAAAGAAGCCUGUAGUGAAAGAAAAGCGAAAGAGAGUCAAUAAGAAGAAGGAUGGACUAGCACAGUCAGCCCCAUUAUCAUCAUCAUCAACAUCAACAGCAGCACAAGGAAAAACCUCGACAGCAUCAUCAGGACCAUCACAUCACAACCAACAAGCGCAUAAAUCUGUAAAUAGCAGCGGUGUAGGAUUAAGAGAGGAAUUACCCGAAUUCACAUUUGAUCAGAAGAAGGAUCUAAGUGAACGUAUUAAUAAUUUAUCGGGUGAUAGUCUAAAUACUGUGGUCAACAUCAUUCAAAGUUCCAUGCCCAACCUGGACGGGCAAGGACAGGAGGAGAUUGUCCUUGAUAUCGACUCGCUUGACAGACCCACUCUGCACCGGUUGCAUGAGUUUGUUACGGGUGAGAGUUUGGUCGCCAAAAAAUCCUCGUCGCCGUCUUCCAAACGACCAAGAACCCACUAUUCCGAGAGGGAUGCGGACCGAAAGAUCCGCGAACUCGAAGAGACAUUACAAAAGUUCAACUCUGACUCUUCAAGCGAUAGCGGGGAUUCUGAUAGUUCUUCAGGCUCUGAUUCUGAUGAUUCCGGUAGUAGCUCUGAUUAAAUAUAGAUACCUUCCACUCUCUCCCCUUCUCUUUUUUUUUCUUUUUUUCUCUCUCUCACACACAC